AUGGAGUCCCCGACCUCUAAAAUCCCAUACUGGCGCAUGAUUUUCGACCAAAACGCAUUUACCCAAGAUGUUAUCGAUCACCAUCACGAAGGGUCCGGAACAGAGGAGGAUCCAUACCAGGUAACAUGGUUAAAUGAAGAUGCGCGCGAUCCAAUGAACUACUCGACCAUCCAUAAAUGCUGGAUUACAAUUCUAGUCGGUAUGUCUACGCUAGCGUCGGCGCUGACCUCCUCUGCCUACUCGGGGAGUUUGGUUGAGAUUAUGAAACACUUCACUAUCGGUGAGGAGGUUUCAAUCGUUGGUAUUUCGUUGUUUGUGUUGGGUUUCGCAGUUGGUCCGUUACUAUGGGCUCCGCUGAGUGAACUAUACGGUCGACGACAUGUUAUGAAUGCCUCGGCGUUGGGACUAACUGCUUUCACGGCUGGAUGUGCUGGUGCACAGAAUAUCGAGACAUUGCUCAUUCUUCGAUUCUUCGCUGGAUCGAUGGGUGCUGCGCCAUUUGCUGUAUCUGGUGGUGUUAUCGCUGAUACUUUCGAUAUUAAGACGCGUGGACUCGCUAGUGGAUUGUACUGCGCUGCACCUUUCUUAGGUCCCUGCCUGGGUCCUUUUGUAGGUGGUUUUUUGUCUGAGAACUCGGGUUGGCGAUGGGUUGAAGGUCUGGUCGCUAUUGUCUCUGGAAUCUUGGGAAUAAUCACCUUUUUCUUCUUGCCUGAGACCUACGCACCGGUGUUGCUGAGGAGGCGUGCUGCUGUUCUUUCUGCUCAGACUGGUAAGGUAUACAAGAGUAAGGUUGAACUUACCCAGGGCAAACAGAGUCCUGGUGCUCUGUUCAAGACUACUCUAUCGAGACCGUGGGUUCUUCUCUUCGCCGAGCCUAUUGUUCUUCUAUUGUCGAUAUAUCUUUCCAUUAUUUACGGAAUUCUAUACAUGCUCUUCGCAGCUAUGCCAAUCGUCUUCCAAGAAAAGCGCGGCUGGAGCGAAGGUCUGGGCGGUCUCUCCUUCAUGGGUCUAACAAUCGGCAUCGUCUUCUCAACACUAGCCACCUUCCCCAUGCACUCCGCCUACACCAAAACAACAAUCGCCGCAAAGGGCGCCCGCGUACCCCCCGAAGCCCGUCUCCCCGGCGCAAUGAUCGGCGCCAUCUGUCUCCCAAUCGGACUAUUCUGGUUCGCCUGGACCAACUACCCCCACAUCCACUGGAUGGCUCCCAUAGCCGCAGGUGUCCCCAUGGGAUUCGGAAUGGUGAUGGUCUUCCUGCCUGUCCUGAACUACCUAAUCGACUCAUACACCAUCUUCGCCGCAUCAGUACUCGCCGCAAACGUAUCGAUGAGAUCACUCUUCGGAGCUGCAUUCCCCCUCUUCACGAAGGCUAUGUAUGAUAAUCUCGGUAUUCACUGGGCUUCGUCUAUUCCUGCUUUCUUAGCGGUUGCUUGUAUGCCCAUGCCGUUUUUGUUCUAUAAAUAUGGUCCUGCUAUUCGUGCGCGUGGUCCUUUUGCUUCUGCCUCUGAUAAGUUUAUGGAGAAGCUUUAUGCUAGUGGAGCUGCUGCGGCUACGGCUGCUGCUGCGGCUGCUGCGAAGAAGAAGGAAGAGGAGAGCAGUCAGGCGCAAACUGAUGAGGGUCUUUCUGGGGGUGAGGCUGAGACUGAGGCUGCUAAGGAUACUGAAAGUACAGAUAUUGAGGUUGAACCUAAGGAGACGCAGACAGAGACACAGAAUGAGGUUACAAGGGAAGCUCACAAUGAGACUACUCAGAAUACUCACAUCACCGAGACUACCGAGACUACCGAGAAUGUGGUGGUAAACAGUGGUUCUGAGACUGAUGUCCCGCAUGUUGAGGCUAAGUCUCAAUGA